CCGUUGGACCGCGGCCCUCCGGCACCGCCCGUACAACGGACCCUCUAGGUUUUAUUAUCGAACGACAGGCGCCCGUCCGGCGUAUACCGGAGCCCCGCCGUUACCGUUUCCCAUUCGGGCAGUCGACAACAGUUCGGUAAAUACAGCGGUCGCAUGUUAAAAAUGUUUUAGCGAUGCAGUCAUUUAAAUGCUAUUUCUUUCUUCGCUUUUACUCGUCUAUCAUCAGUUAGUUUAUUUAAUGCGAUAAAAAUGGUGUAUUUUACGGAAAAACUAAUACAUGAAAUACAUAAUCGUUCGUGCAUAUGGGAUACGGCCGACGUAAAUCAUCUCAACAAAGAAGUGCUGACUAACAUGUGGAUGGAAAUUGCCGAAUCUUUGUACUCGGAUUGGCACGCGUUGAGUUCAUUCGAUCAACGAGACAGAGUGGCUGACGUUAAAAAAAAAUGGACCAACAUUAAAGAUUCGUUCGUCAAGGACGUGAAGGGGAAGAAACCGAGAAAAUCCAAAGGGCCGCCGGAGCACAGAAAAAAAUACUAUCUAUACGACCACUUGCAAUUUUUGAUACCGUUCAUCCAGGAUUCCAAGUCCAGUAAAAACAGCAACGAUAGGGAAAAUCCAAAAAAGAAAAUCAAAAAGAACCUCGGAGAAGGAUCGUCUAAACGAGAAACGACGCCGAGGUACGAACCAGUGACGCCGGCCGACGUCCAACUUCACGCCGAGACGUUAAACGCGUUCGCUGGUAAACUAGCCACAGAGACGCUGUGCCAACUAGACGGCGAUCUGUCAUUUAUGGUGUCGCUAAUGCCCACUGUGAAGUCCAUGAACGAAAAACAGAAAAUUGAUUUCAAAAUUGGCGUUCUCCAGUUGGUGGCUCGAAUAAAAUAUAACGACACCCUUCGUGACUCCACUUACACCGGCCAAUCACCUUUUAUGCCCGACCUGCGGUGUUUCUCGGUGCCUUAUCAACACUUCCCCUUCAUCAACCCAACCGUGUCGUCAUCGCAGUCACGGCGGCGGUCCCGCAGACUGUCGGUAAACGGCGAAACGCCGUCGACGACUCCGUUAAAAAAUGAGGCCUGCAGCACUGCCACCAGUCCGUCUACUUCGUAUAACGACGAACUUUUUAACGAAGGUCGAGGUGAGGAAUCCGACAACUAACAUCUCAAAAUUGAUUUUUGUUUAUAUUAUUGUGUAAUUUAACUGUGUAUUAUUGUUUAAUAUUGUACGAUUUUAUAUAUUUAAUUCGAUACAAAGUGAUAUUUUUUUUUGA